CUCACCGCGUCCUAUUUGCCAGUCGCUCACAGCGGUCUGCUAGCAGAAGUACAAGAAAGGGGUGGGGCGGUGUGAAGGAGUAAACGCUUAGUGGUUUUUCAGUUCCGUUCAAGAAACGUCUUCGUGGUUUACCUAUUGAAGCCAGAAUGGCCUCUGUACCCUCAGCGGGAUGCCUACUUGCAAGGAAUCAAUUCUAUAGAACCCGACAUAACUCAACGUCCAGUACGUCAUCUUCCAGCUCUUCAUGCUGUGAUCUUCUUGCAGAACAUGAAAGGACGCCAGCUCCUCAUGGUAUUCAUAUCCCAUUUGAAAAAUGCUGGUGGCUGAAAAAUUUUCUUCAUUGUGAAAAUCCACAACCAGCCCAUCCAGAAAUACCUUCUAACAGUGGCUCAAGUUAAUACAUGCUAAAAGGAUGUUUCUACUGCACUAAUUCCUUAUACUCGCCUGCUAUCAUAUUGGUGCUUUUUUUUUUUUUUGUGUACCUUGUCAAUUUUUUUUGAGAUGGACAGUUCCAAAAAAGCACAAAAUUUGGCAAAUUUUAUUACUUUGUCUCUGCUUUAUAACGUUUCUAGUAGAGUUUGUAUAUUAUUUUGUAUCUUCAGAUGGUAAAUGCAGUUUUGCUUUGGUACUGAUAAACAAAUUAUUUUUACAUAUAUGUACACUUUUUGCUUUGUAGCAAAAAAAC